AUGACAAUCCGAUCUGCCGUUGUCCAAGAAGGCCGACAUGACGCCAGCGAAAGCCUUCCGAAUCCCUGCGCAAGUGCUGACACAGUGAGGCGGGUGCGCUUCCAGGAGCCUCACAUCAUAGAAGUUGACAGCUGGAAGGACGCUACACGCUUCAUGCAGUACAAAGGCAAGCAGAAAAUCGAUGAGGAGGAGUUCAUGCUUGGUGCUCUAUCUUCCCUGCCUCAUCGUGUCGCAUUGAUGGCAGCCUUGACACCCAUGGUUCUUCGUUUCGCGAUCGGGAUCGUGGAUACUGUGAUGUGA